AUGGCGGGUUUACAGACUCGUUCGACCAUGUCCCUUCCGUUCUCCCUCUCUGCGGCUUUUCGCAACCUUUCCCUCACGACCUCCAAACGUUCCUUCUCCACGACAUUGGCGGCACAGAAGACGAAACAAUUGCCGGAUUACAUCCCUCCUUACCCCUACGGCCCGAACUAUGUCUUCAAGCAAUCCAACUCCGGUCUCUACGGAGGCGCGAUGAUCCAAUUCGGAAACAAGAUCUCACAAGGCCGCAACGAGGGCAAGACCCGCCGAUUCUGGAAGCCCAACGUUCGUCGGAAGAAGCUCUACAGCGAAGCACUCGAAAAGGAUCUCUUCAUCAAGGUCACGCGCAAGGCGCUGCGCACGAUCCGGAAGGCCGGUGGUCUCGACAACUACCUUCUGAGCGACCGCCCGGGCCGCAUCAGGGAGAUGGGUAUCUUUGGAUGGGAGUUGCGGUGGCAGAUUAUGCAGACACCGAAGAUUCAAGAGAGAUUCCGGGAGGAGCGGAAAAAGCUUGGUAUGCCCGAACCGCCUACGUUCGAGGAGUGGGUGAAGCAGAAGGAGGACGAGAUCAAGGCGCAGGUGGAGGCGGAGACGAAUAUCAAGGAGAUCACGAAGCCAACGUACAACGAGAAACAAUACUAG